UGUACAUGUAUCAAGUUCAACGGCUAUAAUUGUGUAAUAAUGAAUAAUUUUUUCUUGCACUAAUAACUGUCUCUACAGCUGUAGUGGGCAAUGGAUCGAUGAAUGAAUCGAGUUUUGAAUUGAUAUAAUGGACAGUGGUGUUGAUCGCGCAUAUUGCUAGAGUUGAAAUUUACAUCCGGACGCACAGAAGUAGGUAGAAGCUAGCAGAAACCAUACAGAAUUAAUAUAAGCUCAAAACUCCCUGUUAUUCGUACCGAACUGUGUGUUUUUGAUUAGAAAUGGUUGACAAACAACAUUUCCAAUAGACAAGCUGACAAAGUAAAGCUAAUGACUCCAACUUCCCAUAGCAGAACUUUUAACACAAAUAUAUAAAGCUCUUGUACUUGUAUUCGUUAUAUACACUUGUUAUCACCUCGUACUUCUUCUACGAUUUCAUUUUCAUUUGGCUCCUAACGCUAACGCUCAAGCUUUCCUCCUUCUUCUUCGUUUUGUUUUAAUUUUUAUUCGCGUACGUACAAUACAUUUGCACCAUAAUUGAAUUUGAAAUAAUGAGCAAUAGUAAAAAAAUCUUAGAGUUUUAUGGCAUACGUAGUUAAGGCUUCUCAACUCAGUUGUGAUCGGAUUUUUGACGAUUAUGGUCGCAUUGUGUGAAUGUACAUGAAAUAAUUGAAUAAAGCUUAUCGGUUAUUGAGCUAGUGGUGAUAAUAAUAAACAGAGAGUUUUUUUUGAAAUUGUAUUUGACAAUUUUUUUAUAAAUUAUUCUCGGAGUGGACUUUUGGAAUUAAAUCAAAAUAAACUGAAUUGACCUACAACAGAGUGUGAAAUUUAAAUAGUUGUUUGUAGUUCAUUUCUGAUUCAAAAUAUUUCAAUUAGCAUUGAAUAAAGCACAAGAAACAAGUUUAAAUUUAUGGAAGAAGAUUGAAGAAUCAAUUUAAAAAGAAAGUGAAACGAAGAUAAUGGAAAGCAUGCAGGACAAAAUCGUAAAUUUUUAUUUAAAUUAUCAAGUGCCAUUACUUACUUUAUCAUUAAUCGGUUUAUACGCAUAUAUAUGGUGGGCUUACGAGAACUUUAAGUCAAUAUUACAAAUAGUCAAAGCGUUGCUUUCGCCUUACUUUCUUCCAAAUGAAAAUAAAAGUUUAUCAGAGAAAUAUGGAAAAUGGGCAGUCAUAACCGGAUCAACAGAUGGAAUUGGCAAGCAAUACGCAAUUGGAUUAGCAAAACAAGGCCUUAAUGUAGUUCUAAUAUCAAGAACAGAAUCAAAAUUAAAGGAAGUAGCAAACGAAAUUGAGUCAAUGUACUCGGUAAAAACAAAAUACAUAGCAGCUGAUUUCGGUUCAGGAAAAGAAAUUUACGAGGAAAUCAAGCAGAAAUUGCAGAUGCUCGACAUUGGUAUAUUGGUGAAUAAUGUUGGUAGAAUGUAUGACUUUCCUGAUGAUCUUGACAAUGUGCCAGAAGAUUUGCUGUGGCAAAUUAUCAACAUUAAUGUAGGAGCGGUUACGAUGAUGUCACGAAUGGUUAUACCACAAAUGAAGGUCAAUCGAAGAGGAAUCAUUGUUAAUAUCUCAUCAGGUUCUGAAUGUCAGCCAACCCCACUUAUGACUGUUUAUGCUUCAACUAAAGCUUACGUUAGAAAUUUUUCAUUAGCAUUAAAUAAAGAACUUGAGGAGCACAACGUUCAAGUGCAGCUUGUUACGCCGCUUUUUGUUCAAACCAAGAUGAAUAAUUUUUCAACAUAUGUGAUGAAAGGCAACAUUUUAAUGCCUGACGUUGAAUCUUAUACAAAAUUUGCAGUUUUUACGUUAGGAAAAAGCUCACAAACAACUGGAUAUUGGAGUCAUGGACUUCAAUAUGGAGCAAUGCGGCUGUGUCCUGAGUUCAUCCGAACAAUUAUUUCAUUAAGUAUGAAUCGUGGUUUUAGAGAAGAAUAUUAUGCACAGCAGAAAAUACUUAAUAAUAAUAACAACAGUGAUAUUGUAGCGAAGAUUUCUAAUUAAUGUUCAAAAUGUUUUGUAUUUAAUUUUAAUAAAAAUGGUUAUAGACUGUGAAAUUUAUGGCUAUACAUAUGAUGCAAGU